UUGGUUCUAAGCAUUUUGUGUACCUCAUGAAUUAAAGUUCUUAAUUAGUCCACUAAAGAAAGACUAAUUUGAAAGUGUUGAUGACUCGUUUCAAAGCUGACGGCUAAGCUAAUAACAUCUUUGGGUUUUAAAAGGUUAGCCACUCCCAAAUAAACCCUACUACUGAACUUUAGUUCUUCUUUUCUUCUGGUAAAGACCUCUCUCACUAACUCACCAAAUGGACGGUAAAGUCCAGCCUCCACAACAUCAAGUUUUCAUCAAUUUUCGUGGCGAUGAGCUGCGCAACAAUUUCAUCAGCCAUCUCGUAGAUGCCUUAAAAAGGUAUGGGAUAAACAUCUUUACAGACAAGCAAGAGAAAAAGGCUGAAAAUAUAAGCAAUCUUUUCAAGAGGAUCGAGGAUUCGAAGAUUGCGCUAGCCGUGUUCUCUGAAAGGUACACGGAAUCAAGAUGGUGCUUGGAUGAGCUUGUGAAGAUGAGUGAACGUGCAGAUCUAGGCAAGCUUAAGGUACUUCCUAUCUUCUAUAAAGUGCCUACUGAAAGUGUGAAACAACUUGUGGGAGAGUUUGGUGACCAUUUUAGGCGUCGAGAAUGGGAAUAUCGAUCCGAGCAACAAAUGAUCGAUCGAUGGAAAGAGGUGUUGGCACGCGUCUCUGGUAAGAUUGGAUUGGUGUUCGAUGAUAAAAGCUUGUCAGAGAGUGAUUUCAUCGGAAAUAUCGUGACGGAGGUCUUGAUAUUGUUAGAGGACAUAACCAAGAAUUCUCAAGCCGUCAACAAACUUCAAGAAAGAGUAGAAACUUCUUCUUCAUUGAACAAGAAUUCUAAGAAACCCCUUAAGGUGGUGGCUCAACCUAAGGUGGCGGUUCAACCUAGCCACGACGCAGGUUUCACCGGUGUAUAUGAUGGCUUUCCGGUUAGAUAUGGCAACCAUGAAACUAAGGGAAGAGGAGAAACUUCUUCUAUGACCAACAAUACUAAGAAACCGAGCAAGUCUUCAAAGAGUAACGUCGAAUUUAACGGGUGGAUAUCUUAAGGUGAAAGAUAUAAAAUCGAACUUAUAUAGACUUUUAAUUGAGAAACUUGUUUCCAAUUUUAUUAGAAUUUGCUUCAUGUAUAAGAAGACCUUCCGGUAUCAAAUAUAUGAACGUCGGAGUGAUAUGUUUUUUUCUUUUCUUUUUUCGUCGUAGUGAUGAAUAUUGAUUAAUUUAUCCUUGAUGCUUAAUAAUUAUU